AUCAUAUCGGUUUUCUCUUCUUCGUUCUCUCCCCCUCUCUUCUCCAAAACCAAAACCCAAUCUCUCUCUCAUUCCCUCGUCACAGUUGACUCUGAAACCCAUUCACACACACACACACAAGCACACGCAGUUGAGAGAAGAAGAAGAAUGGGGGAAGGGAGAGAAGGAGAUUGGGAGUGCAGCAGUUGCAACAACCGCAACUACGCUUUCAGAUCAUUCUGCAAUCGAUGCAAGCAACCCCGUCUCCUCGUUGAUACCAAAACCCCUGCUGAUUCCAAGUGGCUCCCUCGUAUUGGUGAUUGGAUCUGCACCGGUUGCACUAACAACAAUUAUGCAUCAAGAGAGAAGUGCAAGAAGUGUGGACAACCAAAGGAGGUAGCAGCCAUGCCAGCAGUUGCAAUGACCGGAGCAUCUUUCCCCCCUUAUCCGCAUUAUGUUUCCAGGGCUCCAGGAGGACCAGCACAAAAGAUGAACAUUGGAUUCAAUGGAUUGAUCGGAAAUGGUGUGCUACCGCAGCCACUGCAUUUAAACUCCAAUUGGCCUGUUACCGGAGCAGAUAAGUAUGGUGUCCAUCCAGUUUCCAUGUGGCUACCUGGUGGAAAUUAUAGUUCUGGACAUCCUUAUGUAAACCCCUCCAGCCAGGACCUAUCUAUUGCGAAAGGAUGGCGCAAUGGGGACUGGAUCUGUAACUGUGGUUUCCAUAACUACUCAUCACGCUCACAGUGUAAAAAGUGUGAUGCUUUUCCACCUGCACUUGGGACAAAACGAUUAGCUUCUGAAGAAUUGGUUUAUGACUGGGACAACAAGAGAUUGAAUGUAGGAACUACAAAUGAUCGGCAGCACACAUUUACAAGUUUAGAGCAAGCAGUGGGGAACAGCGCAGAUCCUAAACCUGGAGUAUUCCCUUCUUAUCCCGGUAUAAACUCAAGUACCGCUCCAAGUUUGCCAAUGCCCCAAUUGCUUCCACCUCAAGUUUCUACUCCAGCACUCCUUGGAAAAGGAGCGAAGCAAUGGCGUAGUGGAGACUGGAUGUGCACAAAUUGCAACAAUCAUAAUUAUGCUUCCAGACUACACUGUAACAGGUGUAAAACCCAACGAGUGGCCCCCAUGCAACCCGUCAAUGUUGUGUAAUGUUGAAUUUUUUUAGUUAUAUUGUUGCUUGGCCUGGGUCUGGGGAGUUUUGCUUUUGAUUAUUUAGCUUGUAUUUUGCCAAAUUUUCAACAGGCUCAUUAUAUUUCGCACUAAGACAUAAGUGAUUUAUGCUCAGUGGCAUUGUAUUUUGUUUUCUUUCAGAAGUUUUAUGAUUUUAUAAAUUUUUCUUUCUAACAGAGCAUUUUGAAUGAGUUAUGAUUAUUGUAUUCACCUGAUUAGAUCAUUUA